UGUUAAUACUUCUGCAGGGCUUUAUAGAGCGUCAGUGACUGUUAGUUUCUUUAUUUUAGUGAUUUGUAAGUUCAUUCUUUACAUUUAUUUUUUCUGCCCUGACUUGAUCAAAGCAUUCCUUUUUGUGUGCAGGAGGGCAAUGCAUCGGAUGCAAGUAUCUACGCAAGGUCCUCUUGAACAGGCAGUCGAGGGUUCAGCGUGCACCUGCCAAAAAGUUGCAAAGUGUUUCACACAAAUUAAGGUGUUUGGCACAACGAAACAAGCGCCUUGUCUCCCGAAUUUCAUCAUUACACGCCGACAUCCAGAAGAUGCAGACAUUUAAUGCUACUCUCUCAGAAGAAGUGAUUAAUGAGCGUGUUUCCAAACUUCCACAGAAACAGCAAGAAUGUGUCAAGCAAUGUCUUGCCGCCGCGCAGGUGAAGGAGAAAGGCAUCCGCUACACCAAGAUGUGGAUUUUAGAGUGUAUAAUGAUGAAAAUGAAAAGCUCUCGCUUGUAUGAUCAUAUACGAGAUAACAAAAUACUUGUCCUUCCUAGCAAAACCACCCUGAAGCGCUACAUGUCUGUCUACCGAUCUGCUUUUGGGUUCAGUAAGAAAGUUCUUGAAGAACUUAAGCUCAAGACACAAACAAUGGAUCACUUUAAGAAGCAUGGUGGGCUACUCGUGGAUGAACUGAAGCUCUCCGAGCACUUGUGCGUGAAAAGUACUGGGCACAUCGAAGGGUUUGUUGACCUGGGUGACUACACAACCAAGGCAGACAAAGGAGUACAGUCCGACCAUGGGAUGGUGAUCCUCUUUGUUCCAUUUGUUGGCAAAUGGAGCCAAGUGAUAGGUACAUUUGCCACCAGAGGAAAUGUGAAAGGGGACUUGCUGGCCCGUGUUCUAAUUGAAGCUAUAAUCCUUGCUGAGAGCAGUGGCCUGUUCGUAGAUUUCUUGACAUGUGAUGGUGCAACGUGGAAUAGGAGCAUGUGGAAGGUAUUGGGAAUUAGUGGCAAAGCAGGCCAUGUCAAGUGCAAAGUGGAACAUCCUGUUGAUGGCAGCCGCUCGCUCCACUUCGUGUCAGACUUUCCCCACCUGAUAAAGUGUGUGAGAAAUGAACUUGUGAAGUGUCCCUUCAACACUCCAGACGGACACGUGAGUUUUUUUUUUUUUUUAUUCAGUAGCCAUAAAACUGCUGUUUCAAGUAUGUGAGUGUUCUUUAACAU